CGCAGCGGUUAGCCCGACCGUUGGGGGGGAAACCUGGGGCGCCGAGCGCUCAGUCCCGACCGAGCCCCCCGCGCUGUGACUGCUCCGCCCUCUCUUGCAGGAGGUAUGUCGCCGGAGGACAGUGUAAGUCCACAGCUAGGCUGGAGGGCAAGGUGGUGAUAAUCACAGGAGCCAACACGGGCAUCGGGAAGGAGACUGCCAGAGACCUCGCACGACGAGGUGCAAGGGUGAUUGUCGCUUGCAGAGACAUAGUGAAGGCAGAAGCUGCAGCCAGUGAAAUCCGAGCUGAGACAGGGAACCAGCAAGUCAUUGUGAAAAAACUGGACUUGGCUGAUACUAAGUCCAUCCGGGAGUUUGCUGAAAAAUUUCUAGCAGAGGAGAAGGAACUCCAUAUUCUUAUUAAUAAUGCUGGGGUAAUGCUGUGCCCUUACUCCAAGACUGCUGAUGGCUUUGAGAUGCACCUGGGAGUCAAUCAUCUUGGUCAUUUUCUCUUAACCUUCCUAUUGCUGGAGCGUCUGAAGCAGUCUGCCCCAGCCCGCAUAGUGAACGUGUCCUCACUGGCUCAUCACGGAGGCCGAAUCCGCUUCCAUGAUCUCCACGGUGAGAAGUGCUACAAUCGUGGCCUCGCCUACUGUCACAGCAAAUUGGCUAACGUGCUCUUCACCCGGGAGCUGGCAAGGCGGCUGCAAGGCACUAAAGUCACAGCCAACGCCCUCCAUCCUGGUUCUGUCCAUUCUGAGCUGGUCCGGCAUUCGUUUGUAAUGUCGUGGCUGUGGAAUAUAUUCUCUUUCUUCUUGAAGACACCUUGGGAAGGAGCUCAGACCAGUGUCUACUGUGCAGUAGCAGAGGAGCUAGACUCUGUGACAGGACAGUAUUUCAGUGAUUGCCAGCCAGCAUACGUAUCUCCACGGGGUCGGGAUGAUGAGACAGCAAAGAAGCUCUGGAGUGUGAGCUGUGAGCUGCUUGGCAUCCAGUGGGACUGAGCAGUGUGUUCCUGGCUGAGCCCAGCGAUGCUUCCCCUGAGAAGAGCACUACUGAGACACCUCAAGACUUGGGCAGCUGAAGUAUCAGCCUUCUUAGUGAUGGCUCCAUGGACAUGAGCUAAUGUGAAUUUCUGCAAUAUUACACUUAAGGACUGAGAUUUGUAAGCAACCAGUCCACCUUCCUAGCUGCAGAAUUAGAGC